GCCCGCUAACAUCGAACGUGCGCGCUUCCGUAAAGCAGUGAUAAAGAUGGCGGCUAACGCCGCACAAGGCGUCGUAGUUCCCCGCAGCUUUCGGCUGCUGGAGGAACUGGAGGAAGGUCAGAAGGGAGGUGGAGACGGCACAGUGAGCUGGGGCCUCGUGAAUGACGACGACAUGACGCUCACUCAGUGGAAUGGCAUGAUCAUCGGCCCACCCAAGACUGUGUACGAUGGCAGGAUAUACAGUCUGAGAAUAGAAUGUGGAUCCAGAUACCCGGAGCAUGCCCCUCAUGUCCGCUUUGUGAACAAGAUCAACCUGAACGGCGUACACAGUUCAAGCGGCCUGGUGGAGAUAAAGGCGCUGACGGCGCUGUGCAGGUGGAGAAACUCCUACAACAUCCGGAUGGUGCUGCAGGAGCUCAGACAGCACAUGAUGAUGAAAGAGAACAGCCGGCUUUCCCAGCCGCCUGAAGGCCAGGUGUACAGCAACUAAGGCACCUGCUGCUGUCCCUCCUUGUCACCCCACACACACACACACACACACACACACACUACUCUACCACUGUCAAGCUACAUCAUGUUAUCGCCCGUAAACGUUUGGAUCAUUUGCGUUUAUUUUUCAGCAGAUUCCCCUCGUGGAGAACAAAUUAAUAAAAUGACCCCACACAGUGCUUCGCUAGGUCUCCGUGUUGGUCUCAAGUUCCCCAGCUUCCGCAAAAUCCCGCCGAUGUGAAAUUCCCGGGUUUCCCUCACACGACUGCAUGUCCGGGACACGGGAAUUAACUGCUACUAGACAUUUAGCAACGUAUGUAUCAACAGGGCACUGCUGGCUCAUCACUCUUGUUCUCACACUUGUCUUCUGUGUGCCAUAUGGUUCAUAGCGCUUUGUGAUGGUGAUUGAUUAUUAGCAGCCGGGGGGAGGGGGAGAGAGGUGUGUGUGUGUGUGGAGGGGGGGGGGGGGGAAAGAGAGACACAUAUAGCAGGAGGAGUUGUGUAUCAUUUUUGUUUGUUUGUUUGUCUGCUGUUUUGGGGUUCUUGUUUGGGUUUCCUCAGUCUCCAGGCCGCCCCGUGUAAGCGCUCCACGGAGCUGUCUCCUCUCUCACGGCGAGUUCCCACUGAACGCGAUGUAUGGAUUUGGAUGUUUAUUUUUUAUGACGGUUUGAAUCUAAUCAGGGUGAUGGUGACCUGUUGCAUGGUUUUAUUUGAAUUAAACGUUAUUACUUUU